AUUUAUUUCAUUCUUACCAAAAUUUCAUAUAUGUAAGUAAAAUUUCGAAAUGUUUGUGGUCUGUGUUGUUAAACUUUCAUAACCCCACUUUUUGUAUUUGAAAAUUUGUCAGUUGGAGUUAGUUUUCUCCAUAAUGAGUUCUGUAAGGCGGCGAUCAUUAUUCGACGAAUCGGUCGAAAAGAAAAGUCAAAAGUUGGAAAAAGAAUGGGAAGAGAGAUUCGGAAAAUGCGAUGUCAAUGUUUCCGGAGUUACUUAUCCUGAUGAAUACAUCGAAAGAAAGAGCUGUGAGAAAAAGUACUUGGAAAUCAUGCUUUCCGAGUUAACCGAGGAAUGUAAACAAAUGAAUGAAGAGCGUUCAUUGCGUGUAACAGAGGAUGUGCUGUUACCAGACCAAAAACAGGUUCUUGAAGGUAUAUCGAGCUAUAUUGAAGAUUACGCUAAAAGGGCUCAGGAGAUUUAUAAAAAAGUCCAAUUGCGUAUUGAAGAAACCAGAGAACUAAAGGAAUCCUUGGAUGCUAAGAUAGAAAGGACUGAAUCUAUUGCAAAGAAUUUGUAUUUUAUCGAAUCUUAGUAUUAUUCCUUAUUAUCUUUUCUUUUCUUAUUUUAUAGAAAUUAAAUAAAAUGUAC